AAGUUCUCAAGAUUGGGGACACUGCAUGAAAAUAAAUAGAAAUAUCGGUGUAGUGAACAGAUCUCAUUAAUGCUGAGUGAAUAGGUUUUGCAAUUGUACAUUUUGAAUACUACAUAUUAAAUUUUAACAUGAAACUUAUAGUUUUCUAGUAUGGAAAUAACGCGCAAUAAUUAAUUAGUUAAAGAGCGGAAAAUCAUCCAAAAAGAAAAAAAGAUGUACAUGUUAUUUUACGUGGCAAUUAGUAUGUUUACCUUGCCUACAUUUGUACGAGGGUGUCAUUUGCUGGGUACGGAUUUGGAGGAUUCGCUGUACGUAUGGCUUGACAGUACAGCAGAACCAGUAGCAAUAAGUCUAGCGGCUCAUGGUCCUUGUCACAUGGAAGGACCGUCGACAAAAAUGUGGACUACGAAUGUUCAAGUAAAAUAUCCUGACGGUGGUCCCAUGCCUGACACAGCCACUUAUAUACUUAAGUUAGAGAAGGAACGUGAAGCUAGGGAAAGAGGAGAUGUUAAGGACAAUAGAUCCUUUUUAGCAAAAUACUGGAUGUUCAUUGUGCCGGGUUUCAUCUUAUUCGUCAUGCUGUCAGCACAAAAUCCUGAAGGUGGUCCACCUGGUGGUGGCGGAACAGGGCGAUAGUAAAGUUUGUUAGUUCUUUUCGCGCGAAUGACAAUACCUUCUGUGAAGAAAUUUUAAAGAGAAUCAAUUAAAUAAUUUGCACUAUAUUUUACAUAUUUAUAGUUCUUUAAUUCACGAAAAUAUUUAUAUAGAAUGUCUGAAAAGAAGUAUAUCUUAUUUGUAACAUUUUAAUACAGUGAAACCCUUCCAUAGCCUUCCCUUCUAUAGCCCUUUCGAAAAUUUACGCCGCGCCGCAGGUCGAUGUAACAGAAGCUGCGCGGGGUGUGCGGUAUAGAAGAGUUUCACUGUAUAAUGAACACAACAUAUGGCAGGUAAAAUGUACAGAAUGAUGACAAAGUGUGUGAAAAUCUAUUCACUAGUUGUUCAUUAACUGUAUAUGUGACGUGCGUUGAAGAAAGGGGGUUUAUUCUAAAAAAAUCUAAAUCAAGGUUUUUACACAUUUUAGUAGUUUUUGAGCUGCUCUUUUUAAUGAAAUCAUCGGGUAAAAAUCCUAGCGUUAUUAUUGCUAAUAACUGAGUUGUUAGGUACCCGAGAAAUCGGGAUAUGACUCGAGAGCUCGAGAUUCCGCGAAGCACCUCCCACCACUUACAACCCCAACUAUGCGUCUCAUUUCUACCCCGUCCGCGAGCCGCGCCUAUGACCUAUCUCUUUCCGCGAGAAUGUAGUGGUAAGUGGAGAGGGAAGAUUUCGUGAGUCUUCCCUUUCUCCUAAAAGUACGGUCUAUCGGGUCGGCUUCAACCGCUCGCCCUGAAAAAUCUCACUUUUCAGAGUAAGCCCCCUUUCUUCGGCGCACGUCUCAUAUGAUUUUUUUCUGUAUUGAAAACUAAUUUAAAUCAGGACCGAAUACAAAAAAUUGGACUUAUAACUUUUUAAAUGAUUAAUGUGUAUUUGAAUUUAUUUCAAUCGUAUACAAUAGGUAAGUUUGCAAUUAAAACUCAAAAACAUAUGUAUCUCAAUAUAUGCACUUUCUUACUAGUUUUAUAAAGUGUGUCAAAUUGCGCGCAAUUUUAAUACCUUCGAAUAAUUUAAAUUUUAACAGAGUUGAAAAUGAAGACUGUCUUUUCUCUACUAUAUUUGAGGUAAAAUUAAAUUUGCGAUAACUUGAAUCUGUUGUUAAAAAACAUGAUUUCAGAUUUACGUGAAAUAUAUAUAUUUUUAAUUUC